GUAGCCAAACACAACAGCUAGCGUUGAUGUAGCUAAUUGUUCUGAGACAAGUUAAAGCCAGUUAUUUUAACUUUCUUAAUUAUUUAUUUUAUGGUGAUUUUUUGUUAUUCAUCCGAAGCAGACGAAGUAUGAGGUAUGGUCCGUAGAAGAAGCAUUGUUUGGGGCUUUUUUUCCACCGUAGACUCAGAGACGGUCCAGUGUCUUCUCUGCAGAUGUUCAGUGGCUAAACGCAGCCAGGGGACCACCACGGCUAUGCUCAAACACCUGCGUGUCAAACAUCCCGCCGAGGCAAUUAGGAAGAUCAAGGGCCGUGUACCUGAGGGCACUUUUAUCCACGGACAUCAAGACAUGGAGACAGACGGGGAACAGUACUGCUCUGUGGAAGUGGCACUUGAGGAUGGAGACUGUGACAACCUCACAAUGGGGAAUAACUCUACUACUAUCAUCCUGGAAGCUGAACAGUCAGAACAAAUGGCAAACGAAGAGGCAGUUACUGACUUUAUUGUGACACGUAAACGAGGUAAACGGAGCGUGAUCUGGAGGCACUUCGAGUCCUUGGAAAGCUUGUCCGCUGCCCGUUGUCGCAUUUGCAUGAAGAAGUUGCAGUGUUGUGAAGGCGGAAGCACUAGCAACCUGCAUCGACACAUGUCAAAGAGACACCCAGAGGUGUUUGCACAGCUUUUUUCUGACGGGCAGAAUCCACGGCUGUCCCAGUCCUCACAGCGUGCAAUUGCUGUUGAGGAAACAUCGACACCACAAAAGACUGGUGGAGGGACAGAAAAGAGAGGUUUCCCAGAUAUAUCGAUGGAGGAUGAAGACUCUGACAACCAUAACACAGCCGUAGAAGCUGAUAUUAAUCCUGCCAUUACUGAAAUCCUGGACUCUGCACAAGGAGGUCCAGCACAACAAAUGACAGAUUUGGAGGUGAGCGGUGACCACCCUUCAGAUCGUAGACGGAGCAAACGGAGUGUGAUCUGGAAGCACUUUGAGCGCCUGGAGAGUUUGGAUGCAGCUCAGUGUCGCCUCUGCAUGAAGAAAAUACAGUGCUUUGAGGGUGGCAGCACCAGCAACCUUCAUCGACACAUGUCAAAGAGACACCCAGAGGUGUUUUCACGGCUUUGGACUGAUGGGCAGAGCCAAAGUGUUAAUGGGGACACGGCAGCCCCAUCAGGCACUGUUAGAGCCACAAAAAAGAGGCAGAAUUCAGGUGCAUUGAAGUUUUCAAGAGCGUCUGAAGGAGAGAUGCGUGUGUUCCGGAGAGAGCGGGAGCUGAUAGAAGCUCUAAGGAGAGCGCAGAAGGAGGAGGCUCAAGCUCUGCAGCAACAGAGGGAACUGAUUGAGAAGCUGCGUGCAGCGAAUGCCAGGGAGACAGCUGCAGAGAGGGAGCAAAUUGAGUCAUUGAGGAAGGCACAGAUGGAGGAAGCUGAAGAUUUGAGAAGACAGAGAGAGGAGCUGCAGAAGGAGAAAGAAGAGAUGCAGAAGAAAUGGCAAGAGCUUCAGCAGCAAAGCUAGGAACAAUAGUUUGAUAGAGACCUUCUGAGUUAGUGACAGUGAAACAACUGGACCGUCAGGUUGCUGACAUUGCAGAUUUGAGGUUCUCUAUAGAUUCAUUCAGGACUGAUUAAAGCCUACAGUGAUGUAUAAAAUGUAAAUUCCACUACUCAUUUGUUGCAUUGAAUCAAAUAAAUGGCAAUAAAAAUGUA